AUGGAUGAUGCCAGUGCUACAUUCGUGGCGCAACCAAGCGUUGCUAACGCUACUACUCGACCAAAGAAGUCGGGUGCUUUAGUAUCAAUCUUUUCAAGAAGCAGUUCGGAAGACCAGUCGCCCAAACGAUGGAAACCAGCUGCACUCCGCGCUCCAGUGCUAAUUCUAACCAUAUUAAUAUGCUGGUCGUUAAUCGCCGUAGUCCAAAUACUACUGACCCGGAGUCAGCAAAACCAGGGGAUAAUCUUCGCACCGAGAAUCAGUGAUUUACCACUAAGCCGCACGUUCUUAUACUUGUACUUUCCGACUAUCGUCGCUGUGAUGUUCAGCAUGUACUGGGCAUGGAUCGACCUGGAGACCAAACGCAUGGAGCCGUACUACCAGCUUAGCAAGGAAAACGGUGCGCUGGGCAAGGACUCGAUACUGCUCAAGUACCCGUUCGACUUCCUCCCGCUAGUCCCGAUUAAAGCGGCUAGAGACAGGCAUUGGCCUGUCUUCUGGGCUUCGUUCGCAGUCGUUCUGGUAACCUGGGGACUAGUGCCUACGCAAGCUGGUAUCUUCUCUACGCGUUCCAUUACUCGCAAUGACACUAUGCCGUUUGACCGCUCAACAGCGUUCGUACCUGCUAGCGACCAGGCGUCGACGUUGACGCUGCGCUUUGCUCAGUCGGCAUAUGGCAUUGCGGUGUUGAAUGAGACGCUGACACAGUAUAUGGCCCGGAACUAUACGCUCGCUCCGUUCCGACCGACACCUGGUUCGAAAACGGAUAAUAAAACUGUGCCGUACGGGAAUUGGACGGCGCCGACGACAAUGUAUAGUUUGGAUUUGUACUGUGAGCCUGCCAUCAUGAGUCCCGGCCGUCUAGGCAACGGAGCCAUCGCCAACAGUUCCACCGGAUGCUCUUUCAGGAUGGGGUUAGAUGGGAAUCUUACUGUUGGUCCGAACAAGGCGCACCCGGGCUCGUCUGUACUGCGGAAUAAAGAGUUCACAGCCAUGUAUGUUGGUUAUUCGAAUCCAUUUGGCUUUGCGGACUAUUCCCUGGAUACAUAUUGUCCGGAGACAACCAGCGCACCAUUUUAUGCUGCGAUCCAGCGCAACAAAGCCAAGGAUACGGAUCGUGUUCAGAAUGUUACAGCAAUUUACUGCUGGCCGACUUACUACCAACAAGAUGUAAUUGCCACCGUGGACGCAGUUACGUUGGAACCUACAAAAGUCGACGUUGUCGGAGACAAGAAACCGCUCCAGGAUGGCAUCUUCAACAUGACUCUCUUGGAGCAGCUCACAAGUAGCUACUCGCCAGGGAACGAAGUGAGGGGCGAUCUUCUACCGAGUAAAUCGACGCCAAAAUACUUCGAUCCCGUCGCACGCACAGAUUUGAGUCUGAGCAGCGGCCCCAAGGGUGCGGCCGUGGUGCACGCAAUGGUGGGUCUGGCAUUGAGCGUUAGCAACCGUCCCAUAGAAGAAUACCUGGACUGGAAAGUCCUCGCCAAAUCUUACGCAGAUGGUCACAGGUUGAUAUUCGCGCGCGCGAUGAGGGAUGUGUUGGACCAAGAUUUUCGCACUGUCGACAAAAUUACUGGGCGACGAGUAGACACUACAGAAGCUGUCUUGGUGGAGCCAGUCUUUGUUUACAUUGUCGAGGGCUUUUUUGGAGUCAUAUCCAUAGCCGCCAUUGCACUGCUGUACUUGUCGGUUACUCGAGAAAAAUGUCUUCACUCCAAUCCGAGUACCAUUGCUGCCAUCAUGUCCAUGGUCGCUGAUAACGAGCUGUUGCUGGCAGAUGUGGAAGGAUUGGACUGUUGCAAAGAAGAUGAAAUAGAGAAGCAGCUUGGCCAAAAAAGAUAUAAGCUUCUUGACGACGGAUCUUCGAUUGGUCUCAUCGAACUGGGUCAUUCUCCCAUAGUCGUCGGUAGUACUAAUCAGUCAUCACCCCCAGGACAACGCCGCGACAAACUGACAGAUAUUGCGAAACCCGUUAGACCUUUUGAAUUUAGCCUUUGGGUUGCCGGUCCACUCGUCAGUAUUUUUAUAGCCUUGGUAGUCAUUCUCACUGUUAUAUUCACCAAGGCUCGAUUGCAGGCGCUGACUGAGGCAGGCCUGCCCCUCCCUUCUUCCAACACGGUCGUACAGAAUAUAUUGGAGAAUUACAUACCCACCGCGAUAGCAACGCUCAUCGAACCAAUAUGGCUUCUUUUCAACCGUCUACUGUGCAUGCUGCAGCCGAUUGAGGAACUCCAGGCGUGCAACGCACCUGCGAAAAAGUCAAUUGAUCUCAACUACAGCUCUCUUCCGCCACAGCUCGUCGUUUUCAAAGCUCUGAAAUCAAGACAUUUUGUCCUUGCCGUGGUUUGCAUAAUGGCUUUGCUCGCGAAUCUGCUCGCAGUAAGUCUGGCAGGCCUGUUCAACCAGGCCACUAUCGACAUGCGAUACACUACAACUACGAACCCACCAUAUGAUUUCAAAUUUGUCCCAAUCAAUGGUACCAUAGGUCCUAUAGGUGGCGAAACCUUUGGUGCACUACAGGCAUCUGGAGCUUACCAAGGUGGUAAUGGAGAGGAUCAAUUCUUGAUUGCCGACUCACACCUUAGACAAGGUACUCCAUUGCCUGCAUGGACUGACGAAAAAAUGUUCUACCUACCGUUUCUUGCAGAGGGAGCCAACGCCACAUCCUUGCACGGCGUAGAAGCUAGAACAAGGAGUAUCGGCGCGAACCUCACGUGCAGCAGUCUCGAAUUCGACGAGAAAUUCCAAGCUAGCUUGCUUGAUGAGAGCCCAGGAAGCGAUACCAUCAGACCUUCUGUUAAUAUCACCGUCAUUUCUGACGCUGGGAAAGCCGUGCGAUGCACUAGAACCGAGGUUUAUAUGCGCCAGGGUCCAAUAUCGUCCAAGGAAGGGAGCUGCGUUACUGGACCAAGUGCAGCUGAACUUGUGUUCGUAUUGGGUCCAACCGCCAAUGCUUCUCAGGCCGAUGCAGAAGUAUGCAUGGGAUCAGUCGUCCUGGGAUGGCUUCGGGAUCGUAAUGGUACCUGUGGAAACUUCAAGGCAAGGGCACUGAACAAGCAGAACUCUGCUUUUGUUCACUGUCGACCGAAAUUAACGACAGGCUUUGCAACAAUCAGUGUCGACUUUAGUGGUCGUUUGCUGAAGAAAGCACAGAAUGUGACAGUGGAUAGCCAGGUGCCAACGGAAACCUUCAGUAACGGCCCCAUCAACCUUAUUGGCCAAUCCAACAGGUACUUGUUCAUGACCAGUAGUUCUGCAUGGCACAAUGACAGCUUCGCCGACGGCUUUAUCAAUUACUUCGUCAGUCAUGUUACCAACAACAGCCGCUUGGUCGACCCUACACAAGGAUUGCCCACAUUUGGAGACAUAGAAGGCCCCUUGAAUGAGGCAUAUUCCCUUCUAUUUGCAAUCUGGAUGGGAACCAAUAAAGACAAGUUGUUGAUACCCAGCCAAACUCAGAACGCACCGACAUCAAAAGGUUGGCGCAUAGAGCCGGAAACGCGCCUCUUCAUGUCGAUGCCAAUGUUUGUCAUUUCCGAGGUCAUCUUGUGCACCUAUGCCAUCGUUGCAAUCAUGGUGUACAUGCGUCGACCUGGCCGCUAUCUCGCACGGUUGCCCACAUCGAUCGCUUCUUUGAUGGCCCUGUUCGCCGCUAGUGCAGCAGUUCUGGAUAUGCGGGGGACGUCCUAUCUAGACAAAAGGGGCCGAGCCCAACAUCUUGAGAAGGUGGACGCGAGGUACGGAUAUGGGAGCUUCAUUGGUGGUGGUGACGGGAGAGUUCAUAUUGGCAUUGAGAAAACACCAUUUGUGAGAGUCAGGUCCAAAGCCACUUGGUUUGACAAAAAGGUUGCUUCUUGGCGGAGGGGCUCAAGCAGUUAA